AGCACCAGACCACCCUGACGACUGUAUGGACAAGCAGCGGCUGUGGUCACAGCACACCUGGUCGGACUGCAGAGACUCAACUCACAGAAGGAGCUUGACAGAUCAGCGCUCUCCAGGGCCACAGGACGGUGUUUCAUCGGAGGGCAGCUGGAUCCCAGGGCAAUACAGAGCUCAUGUCUUAUAUUUCCAAACUCCCGCCCUCCUGGAACGACAGGCCGCCUCCUCGCCAGGUGGAGAUUGACCUGAGCUCCCCUGGGCUGGCCGUGGUCGAUCUGGAGAGGCUGCUCUACACAGGGAAGGCGAUUGUCAGCCAUGCUGACGAGGUCUGGCCCAAGCUCUACAUUGGAGACCAGAGCAGCGCGGACAACCGAAGCGAGCUCGCCCUCCACCGCAUCACACACGUGUUGAACGCGGCCCACAGCAGGCUAAGGGGAGGGGCAGAGACCUACCAGGGCAUGAACAUCACCUAUCUGGGCAUCGAGGGCCGCGACUGCUGCGACUACGACAUGAGCGCCAACUUCCAGACAGCGGCAGACUUCAUCUACACGGCACUCAGUGGAGGAGGUACAGUUUUGGUGCACUGUGCAGUUGGCGUGAGCCGCUCAGCCACACUAGUCCUGGCCUAUCUCAUGCUGAAACAGCAUCUGACCCUGGUGGAGGCCAUAUGCGCAGUGAAGGACAACCGGGGCGUCAUCCCUAACAGAGGCUUCCUCAGGCAGCUCAUUAAACUUGACGCCAAGAUUCACGGAAAGCACGGUCAAUCCUAGUGGAGGAGGUGGGGGUGGUGGGGGGAUUUUCCGAUUCACUUGUUGUAGGUUUAUGAGCCUUAUAGGUUUGCAAUGGGAACACGUUUCAGUUCAGUCACUGCUCUACCAAACAGGAUUUGAUACUGUGUUUUGCGUUUGCAUAGCCUAUUUCAUGUAGGCUAAACGAAAUGUAAAACUGUUAGUGGGCUGUUAACAAAUGUGUUAUUGUGUAGCCUAUCUGUCUGUAUGUUUAUUAUGAUAACUUUUGUGUAAUUUCUGUGCACACUUGUGUAGGGUGAAUUCGGGGAUCUGGGACAUUUUUUUCAUGCAUUUUCAUCUUCUCUUCUUAGAGCUUCAUAAUUGACUAGUGCCCUAACCCUUUCUGUGACACCACACCAAUCACGUUUUGUGAUUUCAGUCACAUAACAUCCAUGCUAAACCUAGUCAAAGUUCUGUGGAAUAGACAUUGUCAUAGCUGGGAAGAAAACGCUCUGGAGUUUAGGCGUCAACAUUACUCAAUGUCCCAGAUUACCCAAAUCACCCAAUGUACUAGCCUAUUUGUCUGGCGUAAGUUAAUAAACAUUUUGAACUUCCC